ACUUUGAGCAGAGACUCCAUUGCUGGACGUCGUAGACGAAGAAAGAGCAUGCCUUUUGCUUUCUAUCAGUUUUGAGGCGUUGAGUUUUUCCAAGGUCAGCUCAGAUUACCAGGCUUCGACGCUUAAUUUUAAAUGGGGAACACUUCUUCGAUGCUGACGCAAUACGACAUCGAAGAAGUUCAAAGCCAUUGUCAUAAUCUAUUUGCACAGCAGGAAAUUGUAUCACUCUAUCAGAGGUUUUGCCAGUUAGAUCGAAAUGCAAAAGGGUUCAUAUCAGCAGAUGAAUUCCUCUCUGUACCCGAGUUUGCCAUGAAUCCACUGUCUCAGCGGCUACUUAAGAUGGUUGAUGGGUUGAACUUUAAGGACUUUGUGGAGUUCUUGUCUGCGUUCAGUGCCAAAGCAAGCGCACGGCAGAAAGUUGAACUUAUUUUUAAGGUAUAUGAUACUGACUGCAACGGGAAGGUCUCCUUCAAUGAUAUCAUGGAAGUGCUUCGAGACUUGUCAGGGUCAUUCAUGUCCGAUAAGCAAAGAGAGCAAGUGUUGAGCCAAGUGUUGAAGGAAUCGGGUUAUGCAAGAGACUCUUACCUGACACUGGAAGACUUUGUCAAGGUAUUUGGGAAUUCUGAACUGAAAAUGGAGGUUGAAAUUCCUGUGGACUAAGCCGUCGUGACCCUUUUUCAACCUGUUUGUGGAUCACUGCAUAAAGCCAAUCAAUCCAUUUCUCAGCACAUCAGAGACUUCAUCAUCAAAGUGAAACUGGAAAUCUUGUCCUGUAUUUUCCAUCUUUUAGAAUAAUAACGGUUCUUUUGUGUUUUCUUGUUAGGCAUUAAUCACUCCACCAAAGUUUCUGUCUGAACAUGUUAUGCGUACUGGUGUUAGCUGUAUUGAUAAGGUUUUUUUCUUCAUCA